AUGACUAGAGCCCUUAAUGCCAAGAAUAAACUUGGCUUUAUCGAUGGCACUCUUACACCUCCUGAACCUACCAAACCAGAAUAUACUCAGUGGAACCAAACAAAUGAUAUGGUCCUUACCUGGAUCCUCAACUCCAUCAGCCCCUCCAUCGCCAACUCUCUUGAAUAUCAUAUCGAUCCCCGCGCUGUUUGGCUCGACCUCUCCUCCCGUUUCUGCCAUGGAAACAAUGCUCGUAUCUAUCACUUAAAACGGGCCCUCUCCUCCCUGCACCAAACCACAAAUUCUGUCCAUGAUUAUUUCAACCAAAUCAAACAGUUGUGGGAUGAACUUAGUCAUCUCCAAACCGCAACUGACCUCAAAGAUAUGCAACGACAAGCUGAUGAUGAACGUGUUUUUCAAUUUCUCCUUGGGCUCAACGAUUUCUUUGCUCCUCUUCGCACCCAAAUUUUGGCCAUGGAUCCACUCCCUUCCAUAAGCAAAGUUUUCUCCAUCUUGUUUCAAGAAGAACAACAGAGGCUUCUCAAUAUGCAAACUCCUGCAUCCAAAACCAUGGCCAUGGCCAUUCGCACCACUGCUCGACCGCGGCCUCCUCUGAAGUGCACCGCAUGCGGCAAAGACGGGCACACACGUGAUCUUUGCUAG